AUGGAUGAUAACGAACUGAAUUAUGAUUUUUCUGGAUAUAUUGACUAUAUGAAUGUUGAAAGUAUUGAAGAAUCUUUAUCUGAGUCGUCAAAGCUUACUUUUUCACAAUUUUCUGAAUCGAUUUCUAAACCAAAUCUUAUUAUCAGUAAACAACGUAUGGAUAAAGACACAAAUAUCACCACUAUGUCCAUAUUUCUUUGUGGUUCAACUUUAAAUUGCAACUACAAAGAAAUUAACGACGAAAAAAAAUGUGAUCAUGAAUUUAGUCUUAAAGAUGACGACAAUACUACAUGUUCUUCAUAUUCUCUUGAUUUUCAAAAUGAGAUAAUAAUAGAAGUAACUCCUAUAAAUAUUACUGCAGGUUAUUUAUAUUUAUAUGGAAUUCAAAUGAAUAAUAAAACUUAUAUGACCGAAUUUUUUUUAUUUGAUAAAUCUGCUGUUUUAUUACAUUACGUAAAUGGACAAACUAAUUUCGUAUAUUUUUCACCUACAAUUAUAAAGCAAAUAACUAACAAUAAGUAUGUAUAUGGCCUUGCGGGUGGAGAGAAGGAUGAAUAUGUCGACUUUAAUGCACAUAUGGAUCAUGCAACAACUUCAACGACUCCAGAUAAAACAACGCUUAUAUUAAGACCAACAUCAAAGAGCAUUUACUAUCAAGAAGAAUCUUAUUAUGAUUUUAAUUCGAUUACAUCGAAUAUUGGUGGAUUCUUUGGUUUUUUAUCUGGAAUCUUUGUAUUUUUAUUUGGAGCAUCUAAAUUAGCACCAUGGGGAUUUUUACAAACACAUGUGUUUAAUUGCCUAUGUACAAGAUAUCGAAGAAGACUUAUAAGGAAACUUAAAAGUAAAUACGAACCAAUUCCAUUCGUUAGUGGAAGAACUAAAAAUUUUACUUUGGAAGAACGUGUUCAAAGUAUCGAAAAUUUGCUUGAAGAAUAUUAUCUUAAUACGGAUUUUUUGAAUUUAUUAUUAGAAGACAAUAAAGACAAUAAAGUCGAUGAUAAAGUCUAG